AUGAUUGCACUCGAGAACGGGCUUGAGAUUGAGCAGAUCUUUGAGAGGGAUCUAGUCUCGAUGGACGAGGAAGGUAGAGAGAUUCGGCGGGAGUGGGUUCCCGUGCGGGAGGACGAGGGCCCUGAGAAUUGGCAGCGGUGGUGUGUCAUUGCGGUUCUGAAGAGGAGAGAGAGUAAGCUGUGA